AUGAUACCGCCGUCGUCGUCGGUUUUCAAGGACAUGACUUCGGACCUUGUAGCAGUGCAGAUCACAGUGGAACUCUUCGUUGCAACGGACAAUUUACAUAUGGAUCUCGCCUCACUAGCCCCACUUGCUAAAUACACAGGAGGCGACAUGCGGUAUUAUCCACUGUUCCGGGAAGCGUUCCGCGGUGAACAUCUGCGCCAGGAUAUUCAGCAUAUGCUCACUCGCGAGACGGGCUUCGAGGCUGUGAUGAAGUUCAGAGUGUCCCCUGGGUAUCAGCUCAAGAGCUACCAUGGGCAUCUCUUCCAACGUACGCGAGAUUUACUAGUGGCGCCCAACUGUACGGAAGACGAGACCUUUGGCUGCAUCGUUGGAGUUAAUAAGGACUUCUCAGGACCACAAGCACGCUCAGUGUGUAUACAGGCAGCAUUGCUAUACACUUCCUCUACUGGCGAACGCCGUAUUCGGGUGAAUACAUCGCAGUACCCGAAGUCCUUGGAUGUUGAACAGGUGAUGGCCUCAUGUGAUGCCCAGGCGGCUGCUAUUAUCAUGGGCAAGUACGCUAUAAAUGAAUCGAGGAAUGUUAGUGAUGCUCGGAAAUACCUCUUGGACACGACACAGGCGGCGUUGGCUGGUCCUAAUGCUCGCCUAGAGAAUUUAAGCGCACUCCCUGGGUAG